UGAGUUCACUCACCUGUAGUGUUUCCUCUGUUCUAAUUAGGCAUUAUCUACUAGACUGCAACCAGGAUUGGAGCAGCAAAUUGUUCUGCCACGAAAUUCCUAUUUACAGGAUUAUUUUGAUGACCUUGCAAAGUACAUGAAAGUAGGUCCACCAUUAUACUUUGUUGUGAAGGACUUCAAUUACAGCUCUGCGUCGGUGGAUACAAAUCAAAUAUGUUCAAUCAGCCAGUGUAAUUCAAAUUCUCUUUUGAAUGAGAUAUCACGACAAUCAUUAUCCCCUGAGACUAGUUACAUUGCUAAACCUGCUGCUUCAUGGCUUGAUGACUUCCUAAUUUGGAUGUCCCCUGAAGCAUUUGGAUGCUGUAGAAAAUUUGUGAAUGGAAGUUACUGCCCUCCAGACGAUCAGCCUCCAUGCUGCCAACUCGAUCAGGUUUCAGGCUCUUGCAUGACAAGCAAAACCUGCAGUAACUGUACAACGUGCUUCCUACACUCAGACUUGGAUAAUGGGCGUCCAUCCACAACCCAAUUCAGAGAUAAACUUCCAUGGUUUCUUGACGCACUUCCAUCGAGUGAUUGUUCUAAAGGGGGAAAAGGAGCUUAUUCAACAAGUUUAGACCUCAGUGGUUAUGAAAGUGGCAUUAUACAAGCUUCGGCAUUCCGAACAUACCAUACUCCCCUUAACAAGCAGAGUGACUAUGUUAACUCAAUGAGAGCUGCCCGGGACUUCAGUUCUAAAAUGUCCAGAGAUUUGCAGAUGAAAAUUUUCCCAUAUUCCGUGUUCUAUAUAUUUUUUGAGCAAUACCUGAGCGUGUGGAAGACAGCUAUCAUGAACAUAUGUGUUUGCCUUGGUACCAUUUUUGUUGUUUGCUUCAUAGUUACCAGCAGUUUAUGGGCUUCAGCAAUAAUUUUAACUGUGCUAGCAAUGAUAGUCUUGGAUAUGAUGGGGGUGAUGGCCAUCCUUGGUAUUCAGCUCAAUGCAAUUUCUGUUGUAAACCUUGUUAUGUCGAUAGGAAUUGCUGUCGAGUUCUGUGUUCAUAUCACGCAUGCCUUUAUGAUUGGCACUGGGGACAAAGAAACUCGUGCAAGGCAGGCUCUAUCCACGAUGGGUGCGUCUGUAUUCAGUGGAAUCACCUUGACCAAACUUGUGGGAGUUAUUGUCCUACGUUUUGCGAAAUCUGAAGUUUUCGUGGUUUAUUACUUCCAAAUGUAUUUGGCACUUGUCAUCAUUGGAUUCCUGCAUGGGCUUAUCUUCCUACCGGUCCUUUUGAGUUUAUGUGGCCCUCCUACAAAAUGGGCGAAGCCAAAAGAACAAAGUCAGCCACCUUCAGCUUCAAGUGAGCGGACUUGACAGGAUUUUAUUUGAGUUGGACGGUUACAUACUAAAAAAUCGAAAUAGGCUAGUUUGGUCGGUGUGCGUCCAUGUGCUGUCCCAGUGGAGCAGCAGCAGUGAGGCGUACAGCAUUUGCUGAAGGUGAAAGCAGUCUUACAGAUCUGUAGAAAAUGUUGUGCAUAUCCAUGUUAGCAGCCGAACUAGGUUAUUUGGUGUUACAGUGCUACACAUGGCGGGGAAGGAAACUAAGAGGCGAAUUGGGGCUCGGUGUUAACUAGUUGACUGCAGUCCGCUGGUUGUUUAAUUUGUGUCACCCAAGCCGAGAGUCGAGACUCGAAUAGUUUUGUACUGCUGUUGUUUUGGUAUUUGCUGUGGGCAUUGAGCUUGUGUCUAAGUUCCAUAUGCUUGCGAGGCUUGUUUUUAUGAGAACAUAUCUGGUGUAUAUGGGAGUUUGGUGUACAUAUUAAAUCAAUGUCAUUUAUUAGAUCUAACAUCUC